CAAGAACUCGAGUUCCACUGCCGGCAGCGGCUCGAGCUUCCGUCUCGUCCAACGUACUCGGUCGGUGACGUCUCACAGACAGUUCCAUCCUCGGUCAGGCCGUUCCGACUUCAUCCCUUUAUUAACACCGCAACGACAACAGCGGCGGCAACAACAAGAACGACAAGUUCAACGCCCUAGUCGCCGCAACUUCUUCUUCUGCUGCUGCUGCUGCCGCUGCCGGUACAGCAACCCGCCAAACGCAGCUCGUUCGUCCCCCGACAUUUCGACCACACCCACCCACCUUUCGACACCCAGCGGCGCAACGUCGUCGUCGUCGUCGUCCAAACACGACAAACACCAUGGCCUCUUCCAAGGAGUUCACCCGUGAAGAGGUGCGCGAGCACACCUCCGACGACUCCCUCUGGUGCAUCAUCGACAGCACAGUCUACGACCUCACCGAGUUCGUCGACGCCCACCCCGGCGGCGAGUCCGUCCUCCGCCAGAUCGCCGGCCAGGACGCCACCUCCGUCUUCUACAACCUCCACCGCCACGAGGUCCUCGCAAAGUACCCCGACCUCGCCGUCGGCACCGUCCGCGGCGAGUCCCCCCAGGUCAUCACCCCGCAGCCCGGCGACCUGAGCAAGGUACCCUACGCCGAGCCGCUGUGGCUCGCCCAGCCCUUCCGCAGCCCCUUCUACAAUGACUCCCACCGCCGCCUGCGCCGCGCCAUGCGCGAGUUCGUCGACCGCCACCUCGCCCCCGAGGCCGCCGACUGCGAGGCCACCGGCCGCCACAUUGGCCAGGACAUGAUCGAACGCAUGAGCAAGCUCGGCAUCCUGCACAUGCGCCUCGGCCCCGGCAAGCACCUCCACGGCGUCGAGCUCAUGGGCGGCGGCGUCGUCGACGGCAAAGAGUUCGACUACUUCCACGACAUGAUUGUCGCGCAGGAGAUGGCCCGCACCAUGACCCGGGGCUUCCAGGACGGCAACAUGGCUGGCAUGACCAUCGGUCUCACCGCUGUCCUCAACUUUGCCCACGACGAGGCCUGGAAGAACAAGAUCGCCCAAGAGGUCUUCAGCGGCAAGAAGAAGCUGUGUCUCGCCAUCACCGAGGCCUUUGCCGGCUCCGACGUGGCCGGCCUACGCACCACCGCCGAGAAGACGCCCGAUGGCAAGCACUAUAUCGUCAACGGUACCAAAAAGUGGAUCACCAAUGGUACAUUUUGUGACUACUUCGUCACCGGCGUCCGAACUGGCAAGGCCCUCAGCGUCCUUCUCAUCCCCCGCGGUGAAGGUGUUGAGACCAAGGCCAUCAAGACGUCGUACUCGGCCGCGGCCGGCACCAGCUACGUCACUUUUGACAACGUCAAGGUUCCCGUCGAAAACCUGCUCGGUGAGGAGAACAAGGGCAUCCACGUCAUCCUCAGCAACUUCAACCAUGAGCGGUGGACAAUGACUUGUAGGUCGUGGCUUGUGCGAGAUAUCGAGAGCCUGUUGCUAACGAUCCCUUCAAGGCGCCACUGUGCGCUCCUGCAGGACCAUUGUUGAGGAAUGCCUCAAGUGGGCCAACCAGCGCCUCGUCUUUGGCAAGCGCCUCAUCGACCAACCCGUCAUCCGUCAAAAACUCGCCAAAAUGAUUGCCCUCGUCGAGGCAAACCAGGCCUGGCUGGAAACCAUCACCUACCAGAUGUGCCACAUGCCUUACAAGCAGCAGGCUCAGCAUCUUGCCGGCCCCAUUGGCCUGCUCAAGAUGAGCUGCACCCGCGCCGCCCACGAGGUCGCCGACGAGGCCGUCCAAAUCUGGGGUGGACGCGGCCUCACCCAGACCGGCAUGGGCAAGCAUAUUGAGAUGUUCAACCGCACUUACAAGUUCGACGCCAUCCUGGGCGGCGCUGAGGAGGUCCUCGGCGACCUUGGCGUGCGCCAAGCCAUGCGCAACUUUCCCAAGUCGAUGCUAUAAAAACACCUGACUUGGAGGAGGAG